AGUGUCCAGGACCUAGUUUCCUACCCUCCUACUUUCUCGAUCUGGUGUUAUAGUGGUGAGGCUGUGCUGAACCCUGGCAGUCAGAUCAGCCGCUGUUGUGGAGCGGUUAGCAACUCCCUCUUUUGUGCCGCAAUUAGAAGUCAUCAUGGACAAGCAGCAGGAAGCCCAGCCAGACUCCUUGGCGACCGUAACGGUGAAGGAGUACCCACCCUCGGAAGUCUACAGCUCUGAGCCACCUCCUGCGUACCAGAAGCCCCGCUCCACAGCCGUUCAGAUCGCCAGGAUCGCGGCUGUCACCGUGGUGCUCGUCAGCUUCGUUCUCGGGGCCUUCAUACUGGCUGCCGCCUGGAUCGAAGCCAAUGCCUCCUGCCAGCAACUGGCGCAAUUGCAGGCCCUUGCCGUCGCGCAGGAUGAAGCUGCAGGUGCUGGAAGCCAUGAGGACCAGCCAGUGUUCCAACGUCUGGUGGACAACAGAGUUGAGAACAACAGCGAGGAAGAAGAUGACGACAAAGAAGAGGACAAGGAGCUGUCACAGCCACAGCCACAUCAGCCUGAGCCUCAACAUGCUGCGUCACAGGAACACACACCGAUACAGAUCAGACUGCCACUGCAGCUGGACUUUGAUGAGCUGGCUGGAGCAUUGGUGGAAAAGAAUCAAAGAUCUAGGAUGAACUGUGUAGUAGAAAAACGUCGUGCAGAGGAAAUUGUGGAUCAUCAGCCUCGCACCAUUCGUCUUCCUUUCGGCGUGAAUGUGACAACAGACCCUCGAUAUGAGCAUGUCUCUGGAGAGAAGAUGGCUAUUUACUGUGAGAGUGGGAAGGACCAGCGACACAUGCCAAUGGAGAUGAUGGCUACACCGGUUGUGGUUCCCUUACCUGGCCCCAUACACCUCCCACUCCAAUUCCAUGGUGCCAUGCAGCAGCCCCAUCAGAGCAGAGUUCCUGUUUCUGUUAACCAGGCAGAUCAACCAGCAGUUGGACUUGUUCCUCCACCACCCAACCAUGUUCAGCAAGUGCCUCUUCCUAUUGCCCUACCAAUGCACCAUAUGCAACUGCUCCCUGGUCAAAACCAUGCUGCUGUUCAAGUGACAGAGACUCGUGAUGAACGACCACCUUCCCCAGACCAAGUCCCCGUUCAGGUAGAAACACGUGAGGGACGUAUCUUGCAUCGCAUCCCAAUCCAAGUUGAAGGGCAUGAAGGUAGGACAUUCCAACAGAUUCCAAUUCAGGUCACUACACAUGAAGGCAGGGCAUUUUCCCGUAGACCCUUUCCGGUCCAGGUAGAGACCCAUGAAGGAAGGGUAUUCCCUCACCCACCUGAGCCAAUCCAGGAAGAGACCCGUGAAGGUCACGCAUUCCAGCCAGUACAAAGUGAGGGACGUGAAGGCAGAGCCUUCCAGCACCAGCACAUCCCUCUCCAUAUGGUUGAGUCCCGAGGUUUCAACCCUGAUGCUGCUGCAGCAGCAGCUGCAGUCAUGCAUGCUUCUGAAGGUCGUGUCUUCCACCAGCAGUCACCAGCCCUGGAGAUGGUGAGCCACCAGCAACUCCCAGUCCAUAUACCUGUUCCCAUGAUGCAGCAAAUCCAAGUGGAGGAGCAGCAGGCACAACCUCGUCCACACUAUGUCCAGCCCAGGUCAGUGCGAAGUGUGGAUGAAGUUCUCCAUCGCCGCGACAAGAGGGUGCGUCGUUGUGCUUGUGAUUGUGCCUGCUAACACAGAAUUCUUCAGACAUACCAGUCUGCCUUGGCAAGCAGUUUCACACAGCAGAAAUAAUCAUUUACCGGAAGGAAGACAUCAUAAAAAAUGAUGUUAACACUUCAAUAAAUAGAUCUGUUUCAAAAUCCUUAAUACUUCAUUUCUCCUUUCUUUCUAUAUGUGUACAACAUGACUGAACACAAUAUUUUAAAAAAUGUAACAGUUCCAUUCUUUGUAAGUUUCUGUAGAUACAUAGUCCCAAGUUUUAAUUCUAAGAAUAUUACUCUACUGCUAUUGUAAGACAUGCAUUCCAGCUUCAGUUGUAAAUAUUAGUGUUUUAAUGCUUUAAAGCUAAGUGGUAACUGUAUAUACCACCUACAUUAACAAUGAGCAACUCUGCAUUUUGUAUUUGUGGCCUUCAGUUCAUUAUAAACAGUGAUUAUUUAGUUAAACAGAAUUAACAAGUAGAUCCUUUAAAUGGAGAAGUGUUGUGUUUUCUUUGAGGAACGGACAGAUUUUUUAAAUACUAUUUAGAGAAUUUAUAAAUUAAAUACAGAUGUAGCCACAGACCUGUGUCCUUGUGUGUUACUCUAUUUCCCCCUUUUACAGAGUUUUUGUGUAAAAAAAAAAAGAAUAAUUAUCAUAAGAUCUGUCACAUUUAGUUCAAACAUUUUUUGAUGUACCAGUUUAACAAAAUGCAAGGACAAAUUAGUUACAAGUCUAUGCAUGUAAUAUUUCUACUGUUGAUUAUAUUUAUCUACAGUAGAAUAUAUGACUAUGAUCUGUACCAUCUCGCUUUAUCAGUAAUGUAUGAAUGCAUGAAAUUCAAGACCAAUAAAAUCUGCAAAGGACUGAAAGCAUGCAUUAUGAAACUGUUUAUACUCUGAACUGGAAUUCUCAGAGCUGUACUAUAUGAAAAUCUUAUGAAGACAGUGUUUUGUGUUUCUUUUAUUCUAUCCUGUGUUAUGGAAAAUAUUACAAUUAUAUUUGAGAGAUGAGUAGGCAUAUUAAAUGUUGAAAAUUAA